AUGUUCUGGUGCUGUGUCGAAAGCUCAAGCCCGAAGGCUGUCCAUUUUGAAGAUCCAGGAGUCACGGAGGAGCAGACCCAUGUGGUUGGAGCAGAGGAGAUACCUUCCCGUCACAGCAGCCAGAUCUCCGUCAAUGCAUUGCCUGUCCUCAGCGACGAGGAAAACCUCUGCAUCCAACAGUCUCGUGUCAGCGAGAUGAGCGAGACCAAGGAGGUCGAAGUCGUCGACAUACCGGUGCACACGAAGGAGUCACUGUCCACAGCCGACUCUGCCGCUGCUCUUGAAUCUCAAGAGGACACAUCCCGCUCCACGCUGGGUCGCAGAAACAGGCUGCUUGGGCGGGCAGCAGACUCUCGGUGGAAGCUUCGUCGAGACGAGCUGGAAAUGCGAAAGGAGCUCAGCCGAACGCUCAAGAGCACACUGUACCUGGCCACGUGGAAAGGUACUGAUGUGGUGAUGAAAUGCGUUGAAGUUCCGGAGAGUUAUGACAGGACGGACGAUCCCACACGGAAAACAUCCAAGGAGAACUUCGAUCCCACCUCGUCGCGUCCACUCCAUGCUUCGGAGGUCGACCAGGAUCUCUUGGAAGAGUUGCUGCACGAGAUCGAACUUCUUUCCUCUUUGCGGCACCCAAACUUGGUCCUGUUUAUUGGGGCGUGCUUGGACAAGGACGCUCCUGUGAUGUGCGUCACAGAGUACAUGCCCGGUGGAGAUCUGGAGCGUCACUUCAUGGCCAUGCGAAAGAAGCAUCAAACACCGACCUGGCGACCACAAUUCCGUCAAAUUCUGGAUUGGAGUUUAGCGGUUGCACGUGGGCUCAGCUUCCUGCACUCGCGAGAGGAGCCCAUCGUGCAUCGCGACCUGAAGCCGCUAAACCUGCUGCUGACGAGACACGGCGAAGUCAAGAUUGCAGACCUUGGCAUUUCCAAGAUGAUGGCAGCUGUGGUUGGCGACGUCUACAUCAUGACCGGUGGAGUUGGCAGUUGGCUGUACAUGGCCCCCGAAGUCGUCAGGCACCAGAAAUACAACGAGAAGGUGGACAUCUAUGCCUUUGCCCUCAUUAUGUUUUUUAUGAGCUCCGGACGACACCCUUUCCACGAGAUAUCGAAAGAUCCAGAAGUCGUCUUGAGAGAGUUCGCCAAGGGCAAGGAACCAAGGCCAAACGUUGCCGAGUGCCACGCUGCGCUGCGUAGGCCAAUGGCCGAAAGUUGGCAUGUCAACCAGCAACAGCGGCCGCCUGCCCAAAGGAUUGUCGCCCAACUGCGCGAGGCCGCGGAGAACUACACGCCGCCUGCAUGUUUUUGCGGCAGAGCUUGA